AUGGCGAGAGCUCCAUCGUGCCCAGGUUCGCCCUGGAGCGAUCCCGCUAUCGUGCUCGUCGGCCAUCAACUGGAGCAGGUCAACAAACUGCAGCGCGAGCUCGCUUCCUGCAAAUCCGAUGCAGAGAAGGCCAUGGUAUGCCGCCAAACACGAGACAGCCUUCUGGGUGACCACGAGAAUUUGGAGAUCUUGUCCGCGAUCUGCCGAGAUGUUAUGGAAGCUUCUGAGCAAAAUUGCACUUCUGGCAAGCUUGAUGGAUCGUGGCGACAAUUCACGCAGCUAGCCGCGAAGGGAGCGAAGCUACGGGCGGCCCGUGCCAAGGCCCUCCAAACGGUGGCUGAUCAUUGGGGUGCCCAGGUCGCACGCCACUAUGGCUGGGGGACCAUAUCGCACACCUACUGCCAACAGCUACACGCUGCAGCGAGGGAGAUAAACUGGCCAACGUUCGUGAGGAGGUUGAACCAAGUUUUGUUGGAUCGACAUUGGGCCAAAUCUCUCAAUGUGCAUCCCAUCCCAGCUUCCAUGAACCCGAUCACGCAGCCCGAUAUUGAGAAAGCGAGAAGGCAGGGCCAACGCGGCAAUAUCCAGCGCGGCAAAGCCAAGGGUCUGGCCACCGAGAAAGACCAGGAAGCCGCUUAUAAGGCAGCCAAAAUUGAGUCUGAAUCUUUUUACCGGGCUGCCAAUAGGUUGCCUGCCAGUCUUGGGUUGGACCGUUUCGGCGUUGUGGUGAGAGAGGAAUUUGACGAUCAGCCAACAGGUCUCGAGACCGACGGCCAAGAUGGCAAUCGAGCAAACCCGGCACCAUCGGCAGCGAGCAGCAUUCGCCCCGAUCGUCCACCGCCCAUCGGCUACAAUGAACUCUUGCAGACUGAAGCGACUUGCCCGUUGCCAGCCCCGUUGCCUGACAACAUCAGGGUUGCUGGUGGAAAUUCUUGCCCGUUCCCGCCAUCGCCGCCAUCGUCACCAGACGCUGGGACGUCUCCAACUUUGUCGUCGACUGCAGAGUCUGAACAAGCCCUGCCCUCGAGCGGUUUCCACGGCAAAAGAACAGCUCCGGCACCCUCGGAUCGAGCGACCAAGAGGCAGAGGACUUGUCUCCCCACCGGUAGUGCUGCCGCUGAUGCUGGGAAAAUUUACGGUAAGUCAAAGGCUCCGCUGUCACUGGGAAGCCGCUGCUCAUUGGCCUGA